AUUUCUCUCCUUCUAUAUAUGACGCCAUUUUGGAAACAAAAAGAUAUGGCCGGGAGUGGAGUUGAAAAUAGUUUAACGUCGCGUCGAUAAACACCUGGGUGAGACAGCAACUCGAUCACUGGAGCACUCCGCCACAAACCAGCUAGCCGUCCGGCGCAUUUCCCUUCCCGGCCGUACGCCAUGGAUCCGGACGAGGAGAUCGAGAUCGACUUCUACCCAUUCCUUGUCGUGUACAAGAGCGGGCGCGUCCAGCGAUUCGGCGGCACGUCGCGGAAGAGCGCCGGCACCGACGCCGUCACCGGCGUCACCUCCAAGGACGUGCUCAUCGACGCGGCCACGGGCCUCGCCGCGCGGCUCUUCCUCCCCAAGGGCGUCUCGAGCUCCCAGAAGCUCCCCGUCCUCGUCUACGCCCACGGCGGCGGUUUCGUCACCGAGUCGGCCUUCUCCGCGAGGUACACCGGCUACGUCAACGCCCUCGUCGCCGCGGCCGGAGUCGUGGCCGUGUCCGUGGAGUACCGCCUCGCCCCGGAGCACCCGAUCCCGGCCGCCUACGACGAUGUGCUGGCCGCGCUCCGCUGGGCAGCGGCGAGCUGCGUUCCCGGGGGCCCGGAGCCGUGGCUGGCCGACCACGGCGACUCCACGAGGCUCUUCGUCGCCGGCAGCAGCAGCGGCGGCAACGUGGCGCACAACGUGGUGAUGAGGGCCGGAAAGGGAGGUGGCGCGCGGGUCGAAGUCGAAGGGAUGGUGCUGCUUCACCCGCUGUUCAUGGGCACGGCCCCGCUGCCGUCGGAAGGCACGGACCCCACGAUCCCGGCGAGAUCGGAGAGCAUCUGGCGGUGCCUGUGCGCCGGCAAGUACGGGAUCGACCACCCGUUCUCCAACCCGCUGGCGAUGCCGCCGGAGGCGUGGGCGGCGCUCGGGUGCCGCCGGGUGCUGGUGACGACGGCGGAGCUCGACCGCGCCAGGGACAGGGGACGGAGGUACGUGGAGGCGCUGAGGGGCAGCGCGUGGGGCGGGGAGGAGGCUGCGCUGUACGAGACUGAGGGCGAGGAGCACCUGUACUACCUCCUGAAACGCGGAGCGAGAACCAGCUCCGUCACGGCGGAGAAAGCGGCGAAGGAAAUGGCGGCUGUUGCGUCGUUCAUCAACCGGGCCGAGCAGAGAUGGGCGUGAUUCAGAUCCGAAAAAAACAAUUAAAUUUGCUGAACUGAAGAAGACGACACAGUGUGUGGUAGAACAUGCAUAUUGCUUUGCUGGAAUCCAAGCUGGGAGAUUCAACCUGUUGGGCUGACAUUAUGAAGAAAAAAAAAGGUAUACUUGGAAAACAGAAAAAAGUGGGAAAUGGAGAGAUAUAACAAACUUACGGGAUGAUGCUUCGUGCUCAUCUCAACCUUGGAAAGAAAUACACUUUUCCUAACAAAUAGUUAGCUGUUUUUCAAUUGGCGAAUAACUACUU